AUGGCCUGCUCCAAGUGCAGAAAGCUGGGCAACAGGGCUUGGAAUACCCGGUUUAGAGACUCGAAAAACCAUGGCUUGGGUCGAAAGACCUUUGCUACUUGUAACCACUGUCAGUGGUCCCCUAACCGGGCCACAUUGGACCCGGCUGAAUGGGUGCGUGAAAACGCACCCUGGAUCCAAAAUGACGUCGGGGCCUUCUGCCCCUGCUACUGGGGCGACGAGGGUCGCCACGACCACGCAAUGUGUAUCGAGAGGAAGCGUGCCCGGGGAGGCACCGCGGCCGCCGCUCAAAGCCGCAACGCCGUUGCGUCCCCCGCCGCUACUGGCCUUGCUCCCGCCGCCGCCGGUUUCCCCGCCGCCGCCGCUCCCGCCGCCGGACCCAUUGGCACUGCUGGUGUCACCACUGCCUUUUCCGUCGUUGCCGACAACAAUGAUCUUGGCCUUUUCGUGCCGCAGCCGCAGGACAACGGUGUGCGUGGCCUUGGUAUGAACGCCGAGAGCUACACUAACAGUCACCUCCCUGACAACGGAGGCGGCUACUUCGACUGGGACGUGAUCCGUCAGCAGGUUCCCCAGGCCCCUGCCAUGCCUGUUGCUGAUAUGCAGCCCGAGAAUGCCAUUGAGCAGCCCGCCGCGCAGGAGUAUUCUUUCGAGAACGACAUGCUCAACUGGGAGCCGACUCUCGAAGAUGCCAACGCCGAGGAGAAGGACAAUGGCGGAAUGAUGUAA